AUGGAUCAAGGAAGCCCUUCACAACGGACCAGGCGAACGCCCAAUCACGGCCGGAAAAGAGGCACGGCUUGUGAGCGUUGCAAUCGGAGACGAACAAAGUGCGAUGGAUCUGUAACUGGGGUGCCAUGCUCAGCUUGCAGGAAGAGUGGCCACCAUGAGCAGUGCACACUCAUUCAGUCACGUCGUCGAAGAGGGCCCGAUGGGAGAUACACGCUAUUGCCAGACGUUGAUUCUCGCAGCUCGGACAGCCCCAGCAUUCACCCGAACAACGAGGAUGAAUCCAUGGGUUUGACUACUGGAGGCUCCCUAACAGGAGGAGAACAGAACGGCAGCUCAAUGCAACAAUCGAGCGAUUCGACUAUCACAAGGCCUUCUUCUGACCAGCAUGCCAGCCCCAACGCCCAACCAAGCGUCGUUGGUGAAAGCUGGUAUGCCUCUUAUGUCAUGAGAGGUUACACUCCAGGUCACACCAGCGUCCAUCGACCGAUUGGGGAGUGUAACGAAACAGUUCAAAGUGUAACCCGAGACACGAGAAGAGAGAGCGUCAGUAGCCGACCAUCCUUAUCUCGCGACAAGAUUGGCUUGUCCGACCUUCCUUCACCAGGACUGUUAGACCGACUGAUAAAAGUCUACUUCGAGAGAUUCCACGCCUUCUGUCCAAUCCUUGGGAGAGAGUAUUUCCUUUCGUCUCUUGAGGACGGAACUAUGUCUGGUACUCUACUCCAAAGUGUCCUUUUUGUUGCAUCGUUGCACUGUGAUCCAGAGGUACUGCAUCUCAUGGGUUACAGUACUCGAUGGGAUGCCAACAAUGCCCUGUACAACAAAGCUAGUGCGGCCUUUGACGCUGAUCGAGAAUCGGGUCGAACACACAUGAUACUAUCGUCCUACUUACUCCAUUACUGGUUCGGAAGUCCAGCAGCUUAUCGUGAUUGCCACUGGUGGCUCGCUGCUGCGAUACGAUCCGCUCAGUGUACUGGGUAUCACAGAAGCACAAAGAACAGUAAGAUGCUACCAGAGGAAAGGUCGCGGUGGAAGCGCAUCUGGUGGUGUCUUUAUGUGCGCGAUCGUCAGAUCGCCAUCUCUACCGGUACACCGAUGAUCAUCAAUGAUAAUGAUCACGACGUCGAAGAACUCGUCGAGGAAGACUUUCCUGAAGAAGCUCCAGAGACGGUACAGUACAUGAUAUCACAGGUCAAGUUGAGUAAAGCUAGUAAGACUGCCCAUACACUCAAUUACUAUGUGAUAAAUCUCUCUCAGAGGCUACAAAGGCAGUGUAACGCGUCUAAGGAGGUCAAGCCCGUUCUUGAUGCAGCAGCCCAAAUUUUCAACCUGGUAGAGAAUUCCUUGCUUUUCUGGACACCAGAGCACUUCCCCAUGAUCUAUGUCUCCGCUCUAUUCUCGGCCAUGAUGGCUCUUGCAGUUGAUGCCAAAGCAUCAGCGCCUAAAAGUGACCAGAUCUUUGUCAAGAUCCGGCCUGGAUUACUGGCUCUCAAACAGUUUGAGUCAGUGUAUAUCCUCGCGCGAUGGAUCAAGAACUUCUUCAUGGAUAUUCUGAACCGCCCAGCUCCUGUCGAUACGGUAGAAGCGCAGAGACCACCUACCAACCUACAUGAUGAUGACAUAACUGGCGGGGUCACAGGCUCAGAGACGGUGAACAGCACCGAUCUAAGGCAUGAGAUCCCGACAAUUACUACAUCAGGUGGCCAAGCCACAUAUAACGCGACAAGUUUUGAAGACCCCAAUUUUGCAUUUGACCAAAACUCAGGACUUGACGAAGGCGGGUUUUGGCCGACAUACUUGGCAAACGGUGUCUUUUCGGGUGUGCAAUCAAGUGAUGACAUGGAGUUCCCGCAUCCUGACUCUUUCCAGUAUCAAGCUAUCUGUCAUGUGGGCUCCAGGCAGAUCGUUACGCUGGGUACGACCUUUUGGUUCACGGCCAGCUUCCUCCCAGACUCGACUACCAGCUCAACACUUUCGGCCAGGCUAUACGUACUGGGACUGGCAGCAUUAACAGUCGGCAUGGCUGGAGCGCUUAGUGUCAACAGCCUUCCAACAAAGAGACAGCUAUCAUCAACACAAUCGCUUCUUGAUACCCCCACAAUACAGCACGAUCUAUCGGCAUCAAAUAUUCAAGCUGCCUGCAAAGAGUUCACUGCAAUACUGGGGUCCGAGAACGUCUCGACCGAACGCACAGAUCUCGUUACCCAUUCUGGCUCAGACUACCAGUCGUAUGCCUGGACCGAGGAGUCUGCCAUUCUCUCACAUGUUGUCCUCUAUCCAGAGACAACUGCGCAGGGCAUAUGUAUCGACUUUGGUCGAAUGAACAACAUUGUGGAGCUCAAUAAGUAUGACCUCGACUGUGUCGUUCAACCUGGCAUUGGUUGGAUGGACCUAAAUGAGGAGUUAGCAGUCCAUGGUCUGUUCUUCCCUCCCGACCCUGGGCCAGGCGCCAUGAUAGGAGGAAUGGUUGGAACAGGGUGUUCUGGAACGAACGCAGCUGCAUAUGGGACCAUGAAAGACUGGGUUCUAUCACUCACAGUAGUUCUCGCUGAUGGCACGAUUAUCAAGACUCGUCAACGUGCUAGAAAGUCAAGCGCGGGAUAUGAUUUGACGAGGACCUUCAUCGGAAGCGAGGGAACCCUUGGUCUCGUCACGGAAGCUACACUAAAACUGGCAGUCAAGCCGCCUUGCGAGGCAGUGGCUGUGUGUACCUUUCCAACGCUACGAGACGCGGCUUCGGCAGUCCGAGAAGUUCUUUCCAACGGUAUCCAGGUUGCAGCAGUCGAGAUCCUUGAUGAAGUUCAGAUGAAGAGCAUCAAUGACUCUGGUUUGACGAGACUGAAGUGGAAAGAAGACCCAACACUGUUUUUCAAGUUCACUGGCAGCGAUGAGUUCAUCGUGGACCACCUCGCCAAACAAGUUGGAAAGAUCACGAAACGAAACCACAGCACGGCAUACACCUUCGCCUCCGAUGAGACUGAGCGCAACGAAUUAUGGUCCGCAAGGAAGAACGCCCUCUGGAGUAUGCUCGCCAUGAGAAAGUCACCAACUGACAAAGUCUGGACUACAGACGUUGCCGUUCCCCUCAGCAGGCUUCCUGAUAUUGUAGAGUUUGCCAAAGCCGAUAUCGAGAAAACGGGGUUACUCGGCUCCAUCGUCGGGCAUGUCGGCGACGGAAACUUCCAUACCCUGUUGCUCUUCCCCGAGGAGAAGCGUCAUAUAGCUGAAGGAGUGGUUCACCGAAUGGUUGAUAAGGCCAUCGAGAUGAAGGGUACAGCUACGGGUGAACAUGGUGUUGGGCUUGUGAAGAGAGAUUACCUAGAGAAGGAACUUGGUAAAGAAGCUGUGGAUACGAUGCGAUCGGUGAUACGUAUGCAAGCAGCAUAA